UUCCAUUUUAUUUGUUCAUUUCCAUCUUCCAUUAGUAAUAUCUCUUAGACAUUAUUUGUAAAAAGGUUUAGUUUCUGUUUUUUUUGGUUCGAUGUUUGUCUUAGUGCAAUAUUUGUUUGUAGUGUUUUGGACACUGACUGUGUACAGAGUGGUGGCUUUGUUUUUAGUGAUUAGAAAUAAAACCGAGCAAAGAAAUGAAAGUGUGAUUGAAAGUUGUUGUAUGAAAAUGAUCUUGGUUGUCAAUGAAUUGACCACAGUUAACCACAAUGCAUCUGACCAUCUUCAUGUGAUAUAAAAUCUAGUGACCACUAUCGGCACUAGGGGCGGAUCCAGCAACUGAAUUAUUAUUAGGGCACAGAGUGUAAAACAUAGUAUAUAGAAUAAGGACUUUACAUAAAUUGCUGUUCCGUUGUUGCAUGACUAAUCACACAACCAAUCGCAAAUCGUAAUUGUAAGUCGCUAAAAAUAGCGAUUAAUUUUUUUCUGCUUUGUUACACGAACAGGGCUUAUAUAGAGUUAGUGCAUAUAUGUUGGUCCUUUAGCAAAGCCUACUUAUUGGGUUAUCUAAGUAUCUGGUCAAUCACCUCUAUAGGAGUUUAUUAUGUUCUUCGCACUUUUGGGUUCGGUCUCGAGAACUUAGUUAUCUUAUGCACAUCAGGUGUAUGACGAAAUGCCUGAAUGAAAUUUAGAGACUUAGCUCUAUUUCUAAGGUUAUAAAGUUUCUUCCUUUUCUAUUCAGAGUUGGUGGAGUCUGCUUAAUUUAUGUUCUUGUGUAAGUCUUUAAGCCACAUGAGUCGCUGAGUCCUUCCAAAUCGAAUAAAUGGAAAAGGGAAACCCUUUCGUUGCGUCCUUACACGAAGUAGAGAACCAGCUCGAACUGUCACUGCGUCAAGCCUUUGUGAGUCUCGAGCCGAAGUUACAGCCACCCUUCUCUCUGGAUAUCCCAGACCAGCAGGAGUUUCUUGAGCUCUGUAGAGCGAUCGUUUAUGCCGUGUUAUGCGAUUCUAAUCACUCUAAAACCCACAUUAAGCAUUUACAUGCUCUGGUCACUGAUGGGUAUGCGUUUUUCACUAGUUUGCUUGUUGGAGUCGUUGUUGAACUGUACGGUAAACUUGUUGACUCAGCUAAAGUUCAGCUGCUUUGGUUAACAAAGGAGAUGAUUGGUGUUUCGAGUGUGGGACUAGAGGAGUUGCUUGUGUCUCUGCUGAGACGCAUUGGAAGUGGGGAUUAUGGGGAGCAGAAUGUUUGGCUUUGCUCUGAACUGGUGAGCUUGUUUCUUGACAAAUGGGGUUGCUUGCUUGAAGAUAUCCCCUUGGUCUUGACUAGUGCUCUCUACAGUUUCCUUCGUUUGUUAGCGGAUCAUUGUAGGGUCUCAGGGAUACCGAAACUUGAACACCUGAAGAGACUAGAGAUCAAGUUUUGUGUCAAAAUGUUUAAGGAGCAGCUGCAUUUGAGUUUGAAGAUCGGAAGGGAUCUUGUCCGGUUAUUACAGGACCUGGUUCACAUCUCCGAGUUCAAAGACAUAUGGAGUGAUUUGGUGUGCUCUGAGGUUUCACAGAUUUACCAGUUGAAGACUUCAAGUAGAUACUUCCUUCUCCGGAUCACUCCUGAGAUGGAAACCCAGUUAAGGUUUUUGCUUGGGAAUGUGAAGCUUGGAAGCCAUAAGAGGCAUCAGAUGUGGUUCUUGAAGAAGUUUCUCCUGGGUCCUGAAAAAGAAACACUUUUGGUAGACAUAGUCCGGUUCAUCUGCUGUGUUGUUCACCCAACCAACGAGAUCAUCAGGUCAGAGAUCAUGCCAAGAUGGGCUCUUAUAGGUUGGUUUCUAGAACUCUGCAAGCAGAAUCCUCAGGUCGAACAAAGGGUUAAGCUGUCUCUGUUCUAUGACUGGCUCUUCUUUGACGAAAAAGUAGAUAGCAUUAUGAAUGUUGAACCUGCUGCUCUCUUGAUGCUAUGGUCAAUACCUCAGUAUCCACACAUCACUAACUCUUUACUUGAGUUUUUGCUUCGUCUUGUAGACAGUUACGACAUAACCCGCCGAGACAUGAUCAUGAGAGGUGUGGCAUCAGCUUUCAGAGAGAUUGAGAGAAAGGGAGUGGUUCCGUCGCUGGAUAUGUUUCUAUCAAGUCCUGAGAUUGCAGCAGAUCUAAAGAAGAAGCUAGCAAACUUGUUGUCGUGUCGUUAGGACAUGUACUGAGUUCUUUAGAGCUUUAUGUCAUAACAAAAAUAGUGAAGUACACUUCCGUAUUUAUGAUGAUAAUUUUUUUUCA